UUUAUAUUGACAAUAGUUGCAGUACAGUAUUGGAUUUUCUGUGAUUGGUGGAAACUGUAUUAAUUCGCAAAAAAGAAAAAUAGUCCGAUUCAAUAUAAAUAUACUGAGAAUAAAGAAAGCCUUUUUUCUAUUAAAAGCUGAAUUAAUAAAUUUAUUAAUAGAUGUAUAAUUAAUAGUUCUUAUUAUAUAACAGGAUUAGGCCUGUAUUUUUAGAAUUAACUGAACUUUUGAUAAGAGAGAAAUACUUUAAAAUGACUACUAGAAAAAAUAUUGAGUAUGAACGUGAUUUGCUACUGGAAAACUAUAAAACUGUAAAGAAGAAAUUAGAAGAGGAAAGGUUAGCUCUUGAAGAGGAGUGGGUUGAUGAAAAUCGAAAAUUUAGUAAUCAGACUGGAAAUAUCCCAAUUAGUAAUGUGAAAUUAGGAUAUUAUGGCCUACCUUUGGCGAAGAUUAGCGAUAGUAAAGAUUUAAUACCUUAUAAGCAACAAUAUGAAAGAAAUAGAAUGGAAUAUCAGCACAGGAAAUGGAUGCUUACUCUCCCCUAUAAUGGUGAAUUAGGUCCACAAUCAUAUAAAUCUUGGCAAAUGAACGAUUAUUUCUUCAUACGGAAAUUAACGGAAGUCAUAAUAGAUGAUAUCCUAAAUAGUCAUAUUCCCGUUCAUAGAACUAUUACACCUCCGUUCUACAAACAACCAAAGCAUCCUUUGGAGGAAAAGUCUAUAUUGUUAAUAGUAGAACAAAUGCUUCUUAUUGAAACAGCACACUUAGCUGCAGAAAUAGCUGAAGAAAGUUUACAUAUUUAUAAACAUAUUAGGCAAACUGGUGACUUGAAUUUUAUGAGACUUAUAGAAAUGGUUGUUAGUAAUAAGGAAAAUGGCAGGGAAACUGAUGAUCCGGCUUAUGCAAGCAUCGGUGAAGAAUAUUAUACGAAAGGGGACGAAAGGAAUGUUUCAGUUUGGAAGAUUGAUUUAUAAAUUUAGAGUCUAUAUUUUUAUAAAAUAUAUGUUUAUCCCUCUUUAUGGUAUUAUGAGUAGAUAAUUUAAAUAGUAUAUAUGCCUAAAUUUUCAGCAAUAAUUUUUCUUAUUUAUGUAAAUAAAAUGG